GAGCACACGUCUCUCUCGUACCCAGCUAUCCACAUCUCCGCGAGCGGCUUUGGCUAAGGACCAUGGUGAAGAAGUUGCCGGCGUGCUACGGCAUUCGGAAGGGGCGAGGUGCCCCUGUCGUGGUGCACUCGUGGGCGGAGGUGGUUGCCAAAACGAACGGCUUCCCGGGCGCCGACUUCAGGAAAUUCAAGACACCGGAGGAAGCCACGGACUACGCCAACCUGGUCGAUGAAGGCGGGGGGCUUAACCCCGCUCCGGCGGGAUGGUCGACCUUGUGGUUCGAUGGCGGCUGCCGAGGCAAUCCCGGCCCGUCUGGGGCGGGCGCGGUUAUCUUUAACGAUAGCGAGAAGGAGCUAUACAGCGGGUACAAGUACCUGGGCGAAGGGAAGACCAACAACGAAGCCGAGUACGAGAGCGUCAUCCUCGGACUCAAAGCCGCCGCUAAGCUUAGUAUCACGCAGCUCGUGGUCAAGGGCGAUUCUAUGCUGGUCAUUCAACAGAUGAUGGGGAAGUGGCGCGUCUCGGCGCCGAAGCUAGUUGGACUUCACCGCCAGGCAUCCGAGGUAGUAAAGCAGCACCAGCUCAAGUGCACCUGGCACCACGUGCCCCGCAAGCUCAACGUCCGCGCGGACCUGCUGGCGAACAUCGCCAUGGACAGCAAGUCGAUGGACGAGAUCUACGACCCUUCCACGGGGGUCGUCAACACCGCCCCCAACGCGGCGGCCGCGGCAGCCGCAGCCGCAGCCGCAGCCGCCGCUGCCGCCGCUGCCGCAGCCGCUUCCGCCCCUGCGGCGCUGCCGGGCAUUGUCCCCACCCUGCCGGGCAUCGGGGGCUCGGCCGGUACGACCGUGGCGUCCACUUCGGCCGCACCGGCGCCGGUGACCCUCCCGCCGCCGUCGCUGAAGCCCCCUUCCAUCCUCCCGGGCGCCACCGACGCCUACCCUCCCCCCCCGGCCUCGGCCGCCUCGGUAUCUGCGGUGCCCCGGUCCAUCGAAGAGGCUCGCGAGGUGGCCGCCGUCGCUGCCGCCACCGCUGCCUAUGCGGCCGUUGCUGCGGACGCCCGCGCCUCGAUCGCGGCCGGCGGCGGCGUGACGAGCACGUCCGGUCUCAAGGUGCCCGACGGGCAGGCUGCCAGGGCGAUGUGGGCGUCGCUUGCCACAGGUAGCCUGACCGAGUCCUCGCCACCGCGCUUCUUGGUGCACCUGGCCUCGUGGAGGAAGACGGAGACGGAUCUCGGGGCCGUCGCCGCCAUCGUGCAAGAGGAGAGAAUGUUCAAGCGCCUCACCGCGCCGCCCGGCGUACCGGCGGCGGAGGCGGAGAAACGCCGGGCGGCGGCGGCAGACCAGCGGCGGGGUCUCUCCGCCGCUGGCACCGGCCUGCGCGUCCUGGCGCAGGUGCUGGACGAGAUCGAGCAGAUCGGGGGCGGCAACGUGGCGGUCGUGACGAACGAGCCGGCUCUUGUGGACCUGCUUUCGCCCGGCUUCAGGGCCAACUCGGAAGAUCCUGCCCUCCAGGCCAUCGUGACCCGCUGGCGAAACGCCUCAGGCUACCUCCUCGACCCCGCGGAAGAGAACGAGCUGGCCCCCGCCUUCAUGCUGGCCCGCUGCUGCGCGGAGCCCCCCCCGGUGUCCACGCUCUCCUGGAACGGUGCCGGCGCCGCCGCUACCGGAGGCAUUACCGCGGCGGCGAACGACGCCGACGCCGACGCCGCGGUGAGCUUCCUGCUGAGCGGCGGCGCCGCAGGCGCAGGCGCAGGCGUAGGCGGCGCUAAUACCAUGGUCUCAAAGGGCGACGCGGGCAGUGAAGCCGACGCCGUCGCCGCCGCCAUUGCCGCGGCCGCUGGAGGAAAGGCCGUGCCGGACGGCAAGGUGCCUUCGGCGCCUUCGACGGCGGCGCCGGCGCCUACGGCGAUGCCGGUCGUACCCGCAGCCCCGGCGGCGGGCCCGACCACCGCGAUGUUGUCCCCGUUCCCCGGGUUCUCGACGGACGUGGCGGACCCAACGGCGGUGUUGCGGUCCAAGCGGCCGGGACCCCCGCUCGAGGCGGACAAGGACAAGCAGAUGCGCCAGGCGGAGGACGGCGGUGCAGGGGAAAAGGCUGACGCCGUCGACGCCGCCGCCGCCGCCGCGGACGCGGUUGUUGCCGCUGAGGCCGCCGCCGCAGCCGCAGCCGCCGCUGCCGCAGCCGCCGCCGCUUCCACCGCCGCGGUCACCACCGUUGGGGCUGCGCCUCCGGUGGCCGCUCCUACUCCGCUAGCCGCUCCAACUCCGGUAGCCGCUCCGCCCGUGGCUGCUUCUCCUCCCGUAGCCGCUGCUCCUGCUGCUGGAGUUGCUCCUCCUCCCGGAUUAGCUGCCCCUUCCGCGAUUUCCGCUCUGGGGAUCCCACCGGCUGCUGCUCCUGGAGUAGUUGCCCCACCGACGACCACCGCCCCCGACACCGCUCCUCCCGCAACCGUCCCCGCUGGGACCGCUCCUGAGACCGCUCCUGCUGAGACCGCCCCUGCUGGAACCGCCCCCCCUGGAACGGCCACUACUACUGCUGUGGUUGGAUCGGUGCCUAUAUAAUCUAGCCCCGUCGGGGCUUCUAGUCUCGCACUGGGGAGGGCGGGAGGCGCGACGGGGGGGCGGGGGCGUGUACUCACGUUUUUUGCAUGCCUUAGCGGUUAGGUGAGUACGCCGUCCCUCCUCCGAGCGGAGCGGCUGGGGAGGGGGGCGGAGCCGUCGGGGAGGGGCAGGAAAGAUGAGCUGGUGCUCGGGGAUGGUCGUGGUGCCUCUGGUGUUUAGCCGGGCGUGUGCAGGAGGCCUCAGUUCCGUGACAUGCUGCCGCUUUUUUCGGAGACCUCUGGAGGUCUGGAGAUCUGACUCGCUGGAAACCCGAGGCGGUUAGUUGGUGUUCGGGGUAUAGACAAGAGGAAUGUGAGAAGGGAAGCAUUCGCGGGGGAGAUGAUAUUGCUUUGAUUUUUGCUGAUGUUGCGUCCCUAGUGUUGGUGUUUGCAAGGUAUUUUCUGAUUCCGCAUCCGGCAUCUACAUAAUAGUCAGGAAGGAAUUGCCGUGGCUGUCGUAUAGUAGUCGCGAGACCGGUCUGUCUCACCCUACGUGCACAGCGUUCCAGCGUGAUAGCCGUAGCGGUAGUCUAGCUCUCGAGUCACGUUCUUGAGACCACGAAAGGGAGCGCUUCAGGGUGGGAGGGGCGUUGGGUAAUCUCGGCGUUCGUGUGCUCUCUGAUAUUCUGAGUCUGCGCAAACAGUGAGGUUUAUUAAGCGACUGCGGGAGACGAGCGGAGGGGGCAGAGCUGCGACGGGUUCCGAUGUAGCGAGGUAGAAUUGGUUAGAGUGAGGGGGGGCCGGAAUGCUUGCUCUUGUUUGAUCUGAGUUGUUUUUUUAGCACGCAUGCAUGGUACGCGUAAAAUGAAACGUCAUUUUUUCUUUGGGUUUCUUGUUACAGCAGUAGGCGUUCUUUUACAUAUGUCGUCAUUCAACACCUGUGAUAAAAUGUUGCAUGAACACAUGGCGACGCCGCGUUUGUACAAUGCUCUUUGCCGUAUUCGAUGGGAGUCAAUAGUUUCCCAGCUGCCGUCCCAUCAUGCGAGACACCACCACCGCUGAUGUCACCAUCGAAACAAGAGACGUCAAUGGAUGUGCGCCUGUUUCUUGUGUUGUUGCCACCGAAGAAGUAUCGUGGACCAAGAAUCCCGACAUCGAGUCAGUAGCCUACGCAGCAAAAAUUAUUAAGCAACAUAUGGGAUAAAGUAUUC